CCACAAGACAAGGGGGACAUGCACGACAAGGGGGACACCACAAGACAAGAGGGACACUAUCAAGACAAGGGUAAUACGAAUUGACAAUGAGAAUCAAUAGUGUUAUAUAAUGUUGUUUCAUUUUCUUUUCUUUUUUUUGUAUUCUUAAGCUAGUACACUAGCAGUCAACAACCAGAGUGCAUCCAAUGUUUACACGAACCAAUAUCACGUGAAUUAUGACAUGACCGAUCUCAAUGCUAAUAUAUUUUUAAAUUAGUGUAAAAAGUUCCAUACCAAUUUGUCAACCGAUAAUUCCUCAAGUGUAGAGAAAUCAAAUACCCAGCCAAGCAUAGCAUUCGCGAUCCCCAAAAUACAGUUUGGACGUGAAGUAUGCAUUAACUACAAGGAUAAGCAUGUGGCGACGUUUCAUGUUAGUCCAUUUUGUGUGACGUGAUUUCGUUUCCAUGGAGCUUAAACUGAUUACGGCUAUCAAACGUGAACGAUGAUGUCAGUUGUGCGAACGGAUGACAGUUAUUGUUGUGUUGGAUGUAAGUGUGGGACGAUGAGGAUGUGUACUUUGAGCCUAUAUUGUGUGACAUCCUUCAAGACCCCUAAAUAAAUCAUUGGUUUGUGGCUCUCAAACUGUACGAGGAUGUCAAAUGUAUCUUCCAAUGACAUUCACUUCAUUGUGUUAAGUCAAGACUAAAUACAGUAUAGUGAUUUAAAUCCUUGUUUAAUCCUCGUGAACACAACUAUUAAGUGUCUGGUGUUUGUCCAGAUCUGGAUCACAACAUGAAGAUGUUCUUACCUUUCAUCGUUUAUGCUGUGGCACUAACAGUCAGCCCAAGCCAUGGAUCUUCUGAAGUGAUGGUCUUAACAGACAGUGGUAAUGCUGUCCAGGGAAAGGUAACCCUGUGCAACAUUGAGGAAUAUAUCAGCUGCCGCACAUUGCCUGUAUCUGCACCAUCGCCACGGUGUCCUGUCUAUGAUCCGGUGGAAGAUUUUAUCUACUGGACUGACUUUGCCCUGGACUCUGUUUCCAGAGUCAGAACUUCUGGAGCAGACCAUGAAAGCAAGUGGAAGACAUUUACAACCGACCCAUAUGGAUUAGCCAUAGAUUCGUCGUUGAGGGUGCUAUUCAUUGUGAUUGGCUCAUCAUUGUCCAAAAUUGAUGUCUCAACAAAAGUGACCACACAAGUCCGUGAUUCACUCUCUAGUCCAACUACAAUUGCGAUUGAUGCAGAAACAAAGAAGUUAAUUGUGGCUGGUUCAUCAGGUUUAAUGAUAAUGAAUUAUGAUGGCACCGGGUCAACAUCUUUACCUGUGAAAGAAACAACAGUAAAAUUCGACCCAAAAGCUAACGUUCUUUACUAUUCCUCCAAAUCAAGAAAGGAAUUGGGAUCAGUGGACAUGAAGACAGGAGAGACAACUGUCUACGGGAACAGCAGUGGUUAUAUCUAUGUGUUCCCUUUUGAGGGGUCGCUGUACUUUACUACAGAAGAGGAAAGGGGAAAGGUUUUCGUCAUGUCAGUAGAGGAUGGAACAAUGUCAACUAUCAAGAUCAACGGGUCUGUGAGUAUCUUCGCUCGGAUGACAGUCUUCAGAAAAUGUUCCGAUGGGAGGUAUGGAUCUGGCUGUACAAUUAGUUGUGGCCAUUGUGAGAACAACGCGUCUUGUAACAAAGUCACCGGGGCCUGUGAAGGCGGAUGUGAACCAGGCUGGAUGGGAUCUACGUGUAAAGAAGGAUGUCGAGACGGCCUGUACGGUUCUGGCUGCUCUUCGCGGUGUGGCAGCUGUGCAACAGGCACUGUGUGUGGGAAGAUACACGGUCUCUGUUCACGGGGGUGCAAACCUGGAUGGACUGGAGCAACGUGCAACACAGAAUGUUCCGAUGGGAGAUAUGGAUCUGGCUGCACAUUGAGCUGUGGACACUGUAGUGCCAACACGUCAUGUGACACAGUCACUGGAGCCUGUGGAUAUGGAUGCAGUCCGGGGUGGACCGGGGCACAGUGUAACACAGAGAUUGGACCGAACCUGCUCGUGUGGAUUUUGACGGGCGUGUGCAGUGUUCUGAGUAUCCUGGUACUUGCGCUGACAGUUGCGUGGAGAUGUGAAAGGCGACCAAGGAACAGACGACCAUUCCCAAGUCUAGAUGCACAUUUGGAGAACACCCAUGAGAACAGAGCCUAUGACAAGGCUCCUGUUCCUCCAGGUGAAAAGGCAGGCUGCAGCACUGCAGACGAUACGACGACAGAGGUUGAGUAUCAGGAUGUACCCCUGAGACAGGUGCAUAACGAGCAAGAGGAUGACUACCAGAACAUAUCCCUCAGACCGGAGAGCGACGAACAAGUGUAUGAGAUGUGCAAUUUUUGAAGGAUGUGAUAUAUGCAAUAAGCAUAGAUGAGAAGGAAACACACUUGGUUCGGUGUUGAUCAUUAUUGAGUAAAGUGUAUCUUGUUCUUAUCUCCCGUAGGGUAAGCAGGCUAGCGACCCCACCUCAACACACCCCAUUCCGCCCCACCCCGCUCCUCUCUCACCCUAAAGGGAGUUCGAAAACCGCGUGAAACCUUGGAAAAUGCGUCGAAUUUUGUUUCUUUGUUGUUAAACGCCACAUACAGCAAUACUGCAUCAAAAUGACGGCGGUCUGUAAAUAAUCGAAUCUAGCCCAAACAAUCUAGUGAUUGGCCUAUUCUACCAAGGAUCUUCUACCAAUUUGAAUGGGUUUGAUGUAAUCAGCUACAGCAAUAAAUGUUUUGUUGAAUUCAACUUUGAAUAGAAAGAAAAUGUUUGUCAACCACAUGGCCAGUUCCUGUAACAUACAUUUCAAUGCUACAAGUAUUUAAUCAUUGCAUUUAGUUUGUAUUCGUGAUUCAGGUGGUUAGAUAUAUGUAGAUGUUAUAUGUACAAGGUUUAUAAGAGCAAAUACAAUGUACCGACAACGUACAGGUAAAGAAAUACUGGUACAUAUGUGGUUUAUGUUACAAUGUAACUAUCAAGUAACUUUUUGUAUCGCAUAUAAGCAAGAUAACAAAUGUAUAGUGUUUACAGAGUGUUCUAACAGCUUUGAAUAAAUUCCCCAA